AUGAAAAACUGCGCUUUAAUAAUUACUCUACUAGGCAUUGCGGAUGUUAUAUCUGAAGAUUUGGUCAAGUUGCCGAACCUGGACGCCCAGUGCAUAAAGUGCCUCUGUUACGCCGCCACGGGCUGCGAUCUGACCAGAGGUUGCGUCGAAGGCUACUGCGGACCUUUUAAAAUCAGCAAAAUUUACUGGAUUGACGCUGACGAACAGGUGCUGCCGAACGACGAAAAAAUAAGAGCCGGAGCCUACGAAGACUGCGCGUUGAACUACGACUGCGCCCUGAAGAUAGUAAUGAAUUAUUUCACGAAAUACGGUAAAGACUGCAACGAAGACGGUGUUACCAACUGCGAAGAUUAUUCGAUGAUAAAUUUCAAUGGAGGUUGGCAAUGCCAGCCCGCGAUCAACCGCACUGACGCCGGCAAGGCUUGGUUGGAAAGAUUCAGGUUAUGUAGCUAG